CCCCAGCACCGCCACCCUGCGCACUGUCCUGAGUGACAGCUAGCAGCCUCCGCCCAGGCGAGAGCCGCUACAACCAGGUUGACUUCUUCCAGCGCCUACCCGCUACCGGGGAGCCGCCGGAAUGACCGACAGUAUCCCCCUUCAACCGGUGCGGCGACAGAAGAGACACGACAGUAAAAACAGGAAUGGAUGCUGCCCAUGGUCAAGUUGCUGUGGCAUGGGGGACUUCCGUCCCCGCACCGUGUGGCUUGGCCACCCAGAGAAGAGGGAGCAGCGGUACCCGAAGAAUGUCAUUAACAACCAGAAGUACAACUUCUUCACCUUCCUUCCUGGGGUGCUGUUUAAUCAGUUUAAGUACUUCUUUAACUUGUACUUUUUGCUACUGGCCUGCUCUCAAUUUGUUGAGGAGUUACGCCUAGGUGCCCUCCACACCUACUGGGUCCCUUUGGGUUUUGUUUUGUUUAUCACCAUCACAAGGGAGGCAAUUGAAGAGAUAAGGUGCUACCUUCGAGACAAAGAAGUAAACUCUCAAGUUUACAGCAAGCUUUCUAAAAGAGGCACAGUGAAGGUUAAAAGCAGCGGCAUUCAAGUGGGUGACCUCAUAAUCGUGGAGAAGAACCAACGUGUCCCAGCUGACAUGAUCUUUCUGAGGACUUCUGAGAGAAAUGGAUCCUGCUUCCUGCGAACUGACCAGCUGGACGGAGAGACAGACUGGAAAUUGCGCCUCCCGGUGGCCUGCACACAGAGGCUGCCAACUGCCGCAGACCUUCUUCAGAUCAGAUCAUAUGUGUAUGCAGAAGAACCAAACAUUGAUAUUCAUAACUUUAUUGGAACUUUCACCAGGGAAGAUGGAGACCCCCCAGUUAACGAAAGCCUCAGCAUCGAGAACACCCUGUGGGCCAGCACAGUUGUUGCUUCUGGCACGGUGGUGGGGGUUGUGAUUUACACAGGCAAGGAGCUGCGGAGCGUCAUGAACACCUCCAACCCGCGACACAAGGUGGGUUUGUUUGACCUGGAGGUGAACUGUUUGACCAAGAUCUUGUUUGGAGCGCUGGUUGUUGUGUCACUAGUCAUGGUGGCCCUUCAGCACUUCGCUGGCCGUUGGUACCUCCAGAUCUUCCGUUUCUUACUCCUCUUCUCCCACAUUGUGCCCAUCAGUUUGCGUGUUAAUCUGGACAUGGGAAAGAUGGUUUUCAGCUGGAUGAUCAAGAAAGACUCCAAGAUCCCAGGGACGGUGGUGAGGGCCAGCACCAUACCGGAGCAGCUCGGACGCAUCUCCUACCUGCUCACUGACAAAACAGGCACCCUUACCCAAAAUGAAAUGGUGUUCAGGCGUCUCCAUCUUGGAACUGUGGCUUAUGGGAUGGACUCAAUGGAUGAAGUACAAAGCCAUGUGUUCAGCGCAUACACACAGCCGACCCAUGACCUUCCGGCCUCCAGAGCUCCGGCAGCCACCAAGGUCCGAAAGACCAUCAGCAGCAGAGUUCACGAGGCUGUGAAAGCCAUCGCUCUGGUGCACAACGUGACGCCCGUGUACGAGGCUAACGGUGUGACGGACCAGGCUGAGGCAGAGCAGCACUAUGAAGACACAUGCAGGGUGUACCAGGCGUCCAGCCCAGACGAGGUGUCGCUGGUGCAGUGGACAGAGAGUGUUGGGCUGACUCUGGUGGGAAGAGACCAAGCCUCCAUGCAACUACGGACCCCUACUGGUCAAAUUCUGAACUUCACUAUCCUCCAGAUAUUUCCCUUCACCUACGAGAGCAAAAGAAUGGGGAUUAUUGUGCGAGAUGAAUUGACAGGAGAGAUAACUUUCUACAUGAAGGGUGCUGAUGUGGUGAUGGCAGGCAUCGUGCAGUACAACGACUGGCUGGAAGAGGAGUGUGGAAACAUGGCGAGGGAAGGCCUGAGGGUCCUUGUGGUCUCCAAGAAGUCGCUGACGGAGGAACAGUAUCAGGAUUUUGAGGCGCGGUACAUCCAGGCCAAACUCAGUGUUCAUGACCGCUCCCUGAAAGUAGCCACGGUGAUCGAGAGCCUGGAGAUGGAGAUGGAGUUGUUGUGUCUGACUGGGGUGGAGGACCAGCUCCAGACUGACGUCAGACCCACCCUGGAGAUCCUCCGCAACGCAGGCAUCAGGGUUUGGAUGCUGACAGGAGACAAGCUGGAAACUGCCACAUGCACCGCUAAGAACGCCCACUUGAUCACCCGUAACCAGGACAUCCACAUCUUCAGACAAGUGACGACAAGAGGGGAAGCCCACCUGGAGCUCAACGCUUUCAGGAGAAAACAUGACUGCGCUCUGGUGAUAUCGGGGGACUCGCUUGAAGUUUGUCUGAAAUAUUAUGAGUAUGAGUUCAUGGAGCUUGCGUGUCAGUGUCCCGCUGUGGUUUGCUGCCGAUGCACUCCUACUCAGAAGGCGCAGAUAGUCCGGCUGCUGCAGGAGCGAACAGGCAAACUCACCUGCGCAGUGGGGGACGGAGGAAACGAUGUCAGCAUGAUCCAGGAAGCCGACUGUGGCGUGGGAGUGGAGGGAAAAGAAGGAAAGCAAGCGUCUCUGGCCGCCGACUUCUCUGUAACUCAGUUCAAACAUUUGGGUCGACUCCUCAUGGUCCACGGUCGGAACAGCUACAAGCGAUCCGCUGCCCUCAGCCAGUUUGUCAUCCACAGAAGCUUGUGCAUCAGCACCAUGCAGGCUGUUUUCUCCUCUGUUUUCUACUUUGCUUCAGUUCCACUCUACCAGGGAUUUCUGAUUAUUGGUUACUCCACCAUUUACACCAUGUUCCCCGUCUUUUCCCUGGUGUUGGAUAAGGAUGUUAAGUCGGAGGUUGCCAUGCUUUACCCAGAGUUGUAUAAAGAUCUAUUGAAGGGUCGACCGCUGUCUUUCAAGACUUUUCUAAUUUGGGUCCUUAUAAGUAUAUAUCAAGGGAGCAUCAUCAUGUACGGAGCCAUGCUGCUCUUCGAGUCCGAGUUUGUCCACAUUGUCGCCAUUUCCUUCACCUCCCUGAUUCUGACCGAGCUGCUGAUGGUGGCCCUGACCGUUCAGACGUGGCACUGGCUCAUGAUAGUCGGCGAGCUCCUGAGUUUGGCGUGCUAUAUUGCUUCACUCGUGUUCCUGCACGAAUUCAUAGACGUGUACUUCAUCACCACGGUGUCGUUCCUGUGGAAGGUGACCGCCAUCACGCUGGUCAGCUGCCUGCCUCUCUACAUCCUCAAGUACCUGCGCAGACGCUUCUCUCCACCCAGUUACUCCAAGUUGACCACCUAAAAAAUGAAGAAAUAGAACUAACUCGCCGGCCACGUUUCCUGAAAAAAGGAAUCCCACAUCUUCACUUCUACCAGGGAUCCAAAGACACAUUUAUUUCUUUUUAAGUUCUGAAAAGCUCACUGAUGGGACAGAUAGUUUACUGAGAGGGAUAAAGCAGUGUUAAUUCCUCUGUGUGUUCGAUGCAUGGCUGAUUGAUGGGGUUCUCUGUGUGGUAAGCUCCUGUGGUAAGAUGAAAUUGACCUGAUUCAACCUGUUUUAUGAAACAUAUUUCAUAGUUAUUAUCAGUGAUCAACUUUGCAUUUAAAAUGCCCUCGGGACAAAAAUAGAAACAUCCACACGCCACGAGACAAAUGAAAGCUAAACAGAACCCAUUCUGUUUAUAAUGUGACCAGGAAAGGAGCAAGAAAAGUUGGCAUCUGACUGAAUUCCUGCCUAAGUAACACACCUACUUAUUUAGAAAAGUGAGAUUGACGUAGAUUUCUCUUAGGAGUUGAUUCACGUUCUCCUCAAACAGCAACUCGUAAUUCAAGGUUUAAAAGUCUAAAAGUGAAACGGUUUUACAACAUGGGCUUUGGUAAACUGAGACACGAUUAAACUUGUGUAUUCGCUGAUGCGUCACCCCCAAAGCUACAGCUCAGCACGACGGAGGUGGCAUUGCCUCCUUUUUUAGCACGACCUCUGGUGUCUGAUGUUAAAUCUGUCCCACCGUCUUUCUUUGGACCGUGACUUGUUGGUGUUUUUUGGAGAGUGGACUGAAAGCCGGUGAGCCUCUCCGCCGACGUGCAGCCUGGCGGAGAGCUACACACAACCUCUCAUGUGGCGGGCCGACUGCGGCCACGCACUCAACCCUGCAUGAUGACUCAAAGCCAUAGCUGAAAAUAUACUCCAGUGACGGAGUCGCUGUCCUUGGGGGUCCCACGCUGCAAAAACACAAAAUCUCACCAAUCUUUUUUUUUUUCUCUGGUUUCUAGUGCAAAUAUUUUAGAACACUUGAAAUAAACAAUGCUAACAGGCAAGUAACCUUCAGCAAGAUAUAUGAGCAUGUUUUAAGUGAACAAUCCCUUAAUAUUGAUGAAAAAAAUACUAGUUCCACUGGAAGAUUUCACUUAGAACAUAGUGUUAUAGGUGAAAUAAUCUUCCAGUGGAACUAGCAAUUAUUUCAUCAAUAUUAAGGAAUUAUUGACUUGACAGGAUCGUAUAUCUGACUGAAAAUCUACUUCUAAGUUAGUUUUGUCUUAUUUCAAGUGUCAAGGUUUUUACACUAGAAACGUCACAAAAAAAUGCUUUGUAGGAUUUGGUUUUCGCAGUUCAUCUACUUUAACAUCUAUGAAUUAACAAAAAGGGAUCAACUAAAAAAAAUUACUAAUACUGCACUUUAACAGAAACUAAUGUGAAGCAGAGCAGCUCAGAUUUAUUUCACUCAUGUUGUGAUGAACUGUAAAUAUUUCCCACCUAUCAGUAACAUGGCCACACAUCGUUUGUCAUCUAUUUAUUUUUGUGUUUAAAAAAAAAAAGGGGAACUAAGCAUGAAAGUUUAUACAGACUGUGUCAUCUUGAGUCUUUUUUUUGCUAUGUGGGACUGGAUUUUUUAUUAUUUGUACUAAAACCUGUUUGCACAUUUUUAACUUCUCUGGAAUAUUUUUAUGUUUAAGUGUAGAGCAUUAAUGAUGCUAAAAAUGGUUUGCUUGUACAUGCAAAGCUUAUGUUUUAUUUAAUUUUGUUGAUUGCACUCAAGGGAACGGAACAAAAACAAAACAAAAAAAACUGAAAUGUGCUGAUGUCAAUAUUGUGAUCAUUAAUAAAUGUGGGGUUUUUUUCUUGC